AGACAAGAAGCAUGAUCUGGCAGUUAGGACACUGGACCAGAAUGCAAAAAGACACCUUCAAGCCAUCCAUGAAUUUUCUAUGUACUUUUGGGCAUCCAGAAGGUGUCAAGGCAAACCUGCCAUAUAUCUCCCAGAAGAAGGUGUGUUUCCAGAAGAAGCCACUGCAAAGAUACUGUAUUAAACAGAAUAAGCAAGACAAACAUUAACAUGGCUGGAAUGGCUGUUCAGUUACUGGGCUUCUUUCUAAGUCUUCUUGGUCUGGCUGGAACAAUAACUGCUACUAUUUUACCUCACUGGUGGAAAACAGCACAUGUGGGAACCAACAUCAUCACAGCUGUGGCAUACAUGAAGGGUCUCUGGAUGGAAUGUGUUUGGCACAGCACUGGGAUCUACCAGUGCCAGCUCCAUCGUUCUCCACUUGCCUUGCCUCAUGAUCUCCAAGCAGCUCGUGCCCUGAUGGUGAUUUCCUGUGUUCUUUCAAUCUUGGCAUCUGUGGUCUCAGCCAUUGGCAUGAAGUGCACCCGAUGUGCCAAAGGGUCGUCUGCCAAAAAUGUAAUCGCCAUCUUGGGUGGAAUCCUUUUCGUACUGGCUGGGCUAACUUGUCUGAUCCCUAUUUCUUGGUCAACCAGUGAUGUGGUGACUGAUUUCUACAACCCAAUGCUGCCCAAUGGGAUGAAGUAUGAAAUUGGGCAAGCCCUUUACAUAGGCUUUGUGUCUGCUUCAUUGAAUAUAAUUGGUGGAGUUAUCCUGUGUGCUUCCUGCCAACGUACUAGGAGCAACAUAGUAUACCACCCACACUCAAGAAAUGCAAGGGCAGCUCCCUCCUAUCAACCACCAACAGUUUUAAAGGCAAACCAUGCUUCAUCACUAACAUCUGCUUCCUGCAGUGGUUACAGGUUAAAUGACUAUGUGUGAUUUACUGGAUUUCGCUUGUAUGUUGCUGCUGUAUUUAUAAUGAAUGUACAUGUGAUAAAUAACAAAAAAGGCUACAGAAGUCUUUAUUCGUACAAUGUUUACCACAGUUUUACUUUUAAUGUAAAGAACAUUUGUUAUUUUGAAAAAGUUGUUUUGAAACUAGAAAUUUUAAAAAUGUAUUAGUAUUCCAGAAGACGCAGUCUUCUGCAUAUAUGGAAUUAAAGUGGGGGUAUAAAAAUUAACUUAUGCUGUGUAUACUUUGUUUACCUUUUUAAACAUUUAAACAUGUCCAUACACAUAUAAAUAAUAAACAUAAAGCACA